UCUUUUCGCCUUGCCUCUUCGUCUCCCCGCCUACGAAAACUGGUUUGGGCGGCAGUAAAGCUACCGACGAUUUUAAUAAUAUUAACCGGGAAUUGAAUAAACGGCCCUAAAUAAUACAAUUUAUAAUCAGCUGGUGAAGUUAUUAGUAUUAUGACUACGAAUUGUAUUUAAAUUUGAAGUUGAUGUACAAGACUUCACCAGUUAUAGAAAGAAAAUGGAUUCCUGGCUUAAACAAACCAUAUUAUCAGACAAUCAGGAUUUAUCAACCAUUUGCUUCAAAUUGCUCAGCUGGUUGGAUACCGAGUUUUGUGGCACAAUGACGUAUAAACAUCUUGAAACAAUCCUUACGAGUGCUGUGUUCGUUGAUAUCAUAUUCGAAAUGAUGGGAGAAGAACUAACUAAAGAUUUAAUGAAGAAAUAUGCGCACCACAGGCUAUUUUUAAAAGAUCAUUGUAAAAGACUAAGUGAAGUUGGGGUAACUUUACAAUCAGCUGCUAAAAUUUUAGCAACACCUGAUGGCUAUAAAUAUAUUUUUACCGUGGAAAACUUACUAAAGCAUUUGCUAACUGAUGUUAACUUGAUUUAUAAUAAUUCUAUGGGGUCAGCAAGAAAUAUAAGAAAUGAUAAUUCGAAGUACAAAAUGCAUUUAAUAGUUGAAAGAAUCUUCCAGUUGCCACCCAAGAAUAUUAAUAUUUCGGUGGAUAGGAUGUUGUCUCAUUGUGAUUUUUCUCUAAUUGGACAUAUUUUUUUGGAAAAUACAAAUAACCUACAUAUUAGCAAAUAUAAGAUUUUAGAAUAUAAAAUUUGCACAAAAAUUGCCAACGGAAAUAUAAGUCCAUCUUUUAUAAAAUCAAUGUAUGUAAUAGCUUCAAGUUCAUUAAAGGGUAACACUUUUUUUAAAUCGUGCCUUAGAAAUGAUGUUUUCGCCACUAGUUUGAUAAAAUUUUUCAUGCUAUUUUUUGAAAACAUUGAAAGAGAAGGAUAUAAUAUAGCAGUAAAUUCCAAGCAUAAUUUAUCUGAAAUAAUUUUUUUAGUGCAUUGUGCCCUAAGUUCAAACACGCCUUCUAUUUCUCAAUUGAAUAAUACAAUACGUACUAACGAAACCGUUGCAAAACUAAUAAAAAAAUCAUUUUUUGUUUAUUAUUAGUAUUAUAGUUUAGUGUAAAUAGUAUGUACGUAUAUGUAAACAAAUAUUUUAAUUUCCAAUAAAAGUAUACUAAAUAGUACGAGAAAAGGGAUGAAAAGGAAAAUAACUACAAAUGGAUAAGAUAUGGUUAUGUAUUUCCCUAUCAAUGGGGAAUUUUCUAAUCAUAUAUCAAAUAUAAUGAUUUUUGGUAGUCUAGUUAAUCUUAAAACAUACAUUUCGGACGCAAGUUCCACGACAUCUGGUUCUACGGUAACGGAAUUGUCCCGAAUUUUGUCCGGCCAAGGGCUAUUAUUUCGCCGAUCUAACCCUGUUUGAAUCGGUAAGAUUUAGGUUUUGUCAUUAAUGGAGUAACUCUUAGUAGUAUAGUUGCUGGUAUUAAAUCCAACCUGGGCCCUCCGUUAGGUGCAAUAUACAUAUGCAAUAGACGGGGCCAUUUUAUACCCCUAUUUCGGUUUUCAACUCCACUCGGUGGAAUUGAAGAUAGAGCAAUUCAACUUCAGAUCAACCCAACUAUUUUCAGUCGAAGUAUUGGUAUACAGUAUUACAGUUGGUAUUGCCAAGUUAAAAGAUGAAGAUUUGACAGCUAAUUAAACAGCUAAAAGCAAAACAAUUGAGUUUAAUUAUUUAUAGUGAAAAGGUGAAAAGAGGGAUAAUUAAAGAUAAAAAAAUAGACAUAAAUUUUGUUUUAUAUACGAUGAUGAAUGUUUUCAUCAAUACAAAGCACAUUCCUAACACCAAGUAAGCCAAAGUAUUAUUAAGAAAGCCAUCUAUAAAAAAUAUUUGUUAUAAAUUCACCAGUUAUUUUCUUUUAAAUAAGAGAGCAUUUUGUUUUCUUCUGAAUGAAAUGAAGGAACAUUUUCAAUUAAAAUUAUGCGCAAUUCUCCGUUUCUUGCUGACGGUAGCUAUCAAAAAUGUAGUGGGAAUGAUUAUUUAAAUGUUAACUCACGAACCAAAUUCCCAAAAACCUGUGAAAUGUAUGCACGCGACUUUUGAAUGUUUUGCUCAAAAACGUGGAUAGUGGCACCCUUUCAU